AUGAUACUUCAAGUAGGAAUGUUUAGAUCAACGGCUAGAAGCUCAUGCCUUCGGGCGGGGACACGAGCAUUAACGCAGCGUCACUUCUCGGUACAGACGGCCCGUCGGCAAGAAAUUCGAGACGCAUACAUUCUAAGUGCCUCUAGGACGCCUACUGCAAAGUUCAACGGUUCGUUUAUCACAGUCUCUGCGCCACAGCUCGGCGCCGUCGCUAUUAAGUCAGCUCUCGAAAAGUCUAAAGUUCCUAUCGAAAAGAUUACAGAUGUAUAUAUGGGAAAUGUAUUACAAGGUUCUAUCGGACAGGCUCCCGCCAGACAAGCCGUUAUUUUUGCUGGUCUUCCUAAAUCCGUCGAAGCCGUUACUAUCAACAAAGUCUGCGCCUCAGGGUUAAAGGCCGUAGUUUUUGCGGCCCAGAAUAUUCAACUUGGUCUAAGCGAAGCCCAAAUAGCUGGCGGUAUGGAAAAUAUGUCACAAGUUCCGUAUUAUGUCCCUCGUGCCAGUUCUUUACCACCAUUUGGUCACGUCAAAAUGGAGGAUGGCCUUAUCAAGGACGGGUUGACGGACGUAUAUGAUCAGUUUCAUAUGGGUAUCUGCGCCGAGACGACUGCGAAGAAGUAUGAUAUUUCCCGGGAAGCACAAGACCAAUAUGCUAUCCAAUCGUACCAACGAUCCCAGGCUGCGUGGAAGAACAAGGCCUUUGCGGAUGAAAUAGCCCCCGUGACUGUAAAGGGCCGGAAGGGUGAGACCAUCAUCGAUACUGAUGAAGGAUAUUUGGAUAUCAAGUUAGAAAAGGUUCCUACGCUGAAGCCAGCUUUCAUUCGCGACGGCACGGGUACCGUCACUGCUGCGAACUCGUCGACGCUGAAUGAUGGUGCUAGUGCCUUAGUACUGGGAAGCAAAGACAUCGCCAAGGAGUUUGGAGCUGGUUCUAGAGUCCUAGCAAGGAUAUGCGGGUCUGCCGACGCCGCGGUUGAUCCCGUAGACUUCCCUAUCGCACCAGCCAAAGCUGUGCCUAUUGCUCUAGAACGCGCAGGUAUUACAAAAGACCAGGUUGCGAUCUGGGAAUUUAACGAGGCUUUCGCUGCAGUUAUCAAGGCUAACGAGAAGAUUCUCGGUCUAGAGAAAGCUAGAGUAAAUCCUCUAGGUGGUGCGAUCUCUCUAGGUCACGCGCUAGGUAGUUCAGGAUCCCGAAUCCUAACGACAUUACUACAUCAACUUAAGCCAGGGGAGUAUGGUGUUGCCGCUAUUUGCAAUGGAGGUGGUGCGGCUACUGCUAUUGUUGUUCAGCGGAUCGAGUCCGUAUAG